CAUUUCUUGGGGCAGCAUGGGGCCGUUUGGCCUCUGGCGCGCAGGGUUGUGGUUGAGUCUGGCCGUAAGCCGGUGCGUUUUGGAACCCCGGCCCCCGGGGAAGCGGUGGCUGGUGGCCGGCCUGGGGAACCCUGGACUGCCCGGCACGCGGCACAGCGUGGGCAUGGCGGUGCUGGGGCAGCUGGCGCGGCGGCUAGGUGUGGCGGAGAGCUGGGCGCGCGACCGGCGCUGUGCCGCCGACCUCGCCCAGGCCUCACUCGGGGAUGCGCAGCUGGUCCUUCUCCGGCCACGGCGGCUCAUGAACGUCAACGGGCGCAGCGUGGCCCGGGCCAGUGAGUUGAGCGGAGCUGUUUGCACUGACGCUGAGGAGGUCUGCCUGGUGCACGAUGAUCUCCACAAGCCGCUGGGGAAACUGGCUCUGAAGUUGGGAGGAAGUGCCAGGGGCCACAAUGGAGUCCGUUCCUGUAUUAGCUGCCUCAACUCUAACAUGAGUCCUGCACUGGGUCGGGCAAUGCCACGGCUGCGGGUGGGCAUCGGGCGCCCGACACACCCAGACACAGUGCAGGGCUACGUGCUGGGCCACUUCUCCCCUGCUGAGCAGGAGCUGCUGCCUCCAUUGCUGAGUGCCACCGACCUGCUCCUGGACCACAAACGUGAGCGAAGCCAGAGGCCUUCGUCAGGGCCCUGACGCCAGUGGACUUGGC